AUUCAAGAUGGCGACCAUAGUGAGGGUGAAACGGAGAAGGUACGAAGAUCCUGCCGAAAAUAUUGUUCUUUCGUGUAAAAAACUCAAAUCAGACAUAGCUGAUACUAGUAAACAUGAGACAGAUGGUUGUGAGAGUUAUCUGAAGUUUGCUGGGACUGUCAUAUCGAAGGAUGAAGUUAUUUCAAAGCACAUCAAAGAUGCAAUAAGAAAAGAAAAACUACAAAGAGAAUACAAAAGUCAUCAACCAGGUGCUCUACCCAGAAGUAGACGGCAUAAAAAGGAGUCCUCAAAAGCCAACAGAUUUAAGAUAACGUCAUCUUUCCGAGCUUUAGACCUUGCAGCCCUUGAUAAGGAAUGUGAUGAUUGUGUAGAAAAGAAAAUAUCCCCACUGAAGUCCACUGAUGUAUGUGACAUUUGUAAAAAAGAAAGUGCAAAACAUUCAGAGAGCAAAACAAGCAUAAAUGCUUCAGAAAAUUGUGAAAAAGAACUAGAUUUGUGUAACUGUAGAAAAAAUGUCACUGUAAAUUCUGCAGAAGGGGUUGAAAAAGAACAGAGAAAUUUACAUGAAGCAAGUUCAGUAGCCAAUGGUGCACAGUCAGCUGAAAAAGUUUAUCACCUGUAUGAUGUAGAAGUCAAUCAGUCAAAUCUACCAACUUUUGAGUCCUUAAUUCAGGAAGCUCAAAAUGCUAGUCUUGUUACGUGUAAUUCCGAACAAAUGGUACAUGAACAAGUACCACAAGAAAAGGAAGAGGACUAUGUUUAUGAUCUUUACUACACGAACAGCAGAGAUUUCAAUCUCCAAUUAUUCGAGAGCUCCCUGUCAAUUCACUCCUUAUAUGCAGACAAUCUUGAGUAUGGAUAUAAUGGUGAGGAGGACCAUGAAAUAUAUGAGGAUGAGGAUGAUGAAAAUGAGGAAAGUAACUGGAGGAAUGAUUACCCUGAUGAGGAUCCAAGGUUCAUAGAAGAAGAGGAGGACGUAGAUUUUGUGUAUGGAAAUGGUGUUGAUGAUUACCAGGCAUUUGGUUAUGAAGACAGAGGCCUUGUUGAGUGGAUGUCAUCUAGGUGCAAUAUAGAAGAUGAAAGUGAUGAAUCAUCAAAUGAUGAUACAGAUGAUGAAAAUCCAACAGGGUAUGGGCAUUACAAACAGCGGGUGAUGAGGGAGUUAGAAAUUGAUAAUUCAUAAUCAAACUGAUAAGUUAAUAAGAAAAAAUUUUAAUGUAAAAAUCAUGAUGUAUUUUAUCUGUGAGACACUGUCCAUAUCAUUCUUCUUGUAAAAAUGCAAACUUCAAGAGAUACUGUUUUACAAAAUUCAGUGUGCAUGCAUCUGUGUAUAAAUAUUUGUUUUUUUUAUGCUCGAAAUAUUUUUUAUUCCGCCUCAAAAUAUGGCAAGUAUAUUUACGUUUAUCUCAAAUACCACUUAAAGAGAUUUAAUUUUUAUUUUAUAAUCAAGAUUUUCAUAAGAUAUUGUAACAGUAUGUGCAAAUUCCCUACUACAAUACUUAAUUUUAAUUUCUUUAUUGCAUAAUACACCCAUAUGGGUCAAGUGAUACAAUCCAACAUAACCCCCCCCCCCCCCCCCCAGAGAACAAUGAAUGUAUGUAUACAAUUAGGUAUAUAAGUAAUUUACUCCUAAUAUACUACACUGAUGUGGACCUUUUAUUUCUUAAUUCUAAUAAGUUUUAUAAAAGUGCAAACAGCCUGUAAUAAUGUAAAUUAGUAAUAGGAAGUGUUUUUUUCCAGGAACUGUUGUUUGUAAUCAUGUAACAAAUUACAUCUUUUACCAUGUGCAAUGCAUACUUGUGAAUUUGAAGUUGUAAAAUGCAAUGUAAUAUUGUUCUUGUAUACAUAUUUAUGAAAUAAAAAUGUAAAUUUC